GUGUCAGUGUACUGGGAACAAAAACAAACGUGCGGGAUUCAUCGUUCGCUUGUUCGAGUCGAAAGGCCCUGCCACACCUGCUCUCUUCUUCUGUUUGUGAUUGUUGUUGGAUGUUGCUGCUGUUGAGAUCAGCCAAUGAAAACAAUAGCAGUGCUUGGAGGAGGGAUUGGGGGUUUGGCUGCAACCUACUACCUGUGCAAGAGCCCACAGGUUACCAAGGUGAUUGUCUUGGAGUCCACCAGUCGUUUUGGAGGUUGGCUGUGGUCUUCACGGAGGUCAGAUGGGGCAGUAUUUGAACAUGGACCAAGGGGGAUUCGACCUGUUGGACCAGUUGGACACAACACCCUCAAUAUGGUGGAGGAUCUGGGUCUAGAGGGGGAGAUUUUGCCAGUUUCCUAUAGCCAUGAUGCCUCUAAGAACAGAUAUCUGUACGUCAGAGGACAACUUCACAGAUUGCCUUCAGGAAUAAGUGGGAUUUUUCGAACAGUCCCACCAUUUCCUCGCCCCCUUUUGUUCAACAUGGCUACUGAAAUUCUGGUAAAGAAAGGGAAAGAAGAAGAUGAGUCUAUCCAUUCUUUUGUUUCUAGGAGGCUUGGAAAGGAGUUGGCAGACAUAGCUGUGGAUAGUCUGUGUCGUGGUGUGUUUGCGGGGGACAGCAGGAAGCUAAGUGUACGUUCCUGUUUUCCACCUUUCUACAAGGCAGAGCAGAAAAGAGGCUCCCUGACUCUCGGAUUUCUGCUGGGCUCAGGUCCAACUCCUACAGUUUCUCCUGGACCUUUGGCUCAGAGGUCUAUGGAAGAGUCCUGGGCCCAGUGGUCUCUGAGGAGGGGAAUGGAGUCUCUACCAGAAUCUAUUUCUGUGUACCUGCAGCAGAGCGGGAAAGUGCAACUUCACAGAGAGGCAGCCGUCAAACAGAUUAAGCCCUCAUCAUCUGGUUGGAAGGUCCAUUUAGAGGAUGGAUUAGUAUUUGCUGACCACAUUAUUUCUGCACUACCAGCUAAAGCCCUUUCCAGUGUUCUUCCCAUCUCAUGUCAAACCUUAAUCCAGCUGCUGCAGGACAUUUCUGCAGUAACAGUUGCUGUAGUGAAUCUGGAAUAUGAUGGUUCCAUCCUUCCUGUAAAG